AUUAAUAUAUGCUCACGUGUUAUAUUUAUUAUGUCAUAAGCGACAUAAAUAAAAUAACGGGGGAGGCAAGGUUCGAAACCUCAACCUGCCGCACGAAACCUUUGUCCCCCAACCACUGGAGCACAAGCUGUGCUUAAUAUAAUGUGUACAAAUUUUAUACUUAUUAUGUCAUAACGAACAUAAUAAAAAUAAACGAGAGGCGAGGUUCGAACCUCAGACCUCUUGUACACGAACUGUACACUCAACCACUCGAGCACGGCUGCUCACGUUAUUAUCCAUACCAAUCCUUUUAUUUAAACCAACUGUUUCAACUGUUUAAACAAUUCGGCCCAAAACAUCCAAGACUGUUGCAGAAACCCAGCCCAACGUAUCCAAAACUGUUACAGAAAUCCGGCCCAACUCAUCCAAAACUGUUUCAGAAACUCGGCCCAUCAUGUCCAAAACUGUUUCUGAAACUCGGCCCAUCAGGCCUCCACCCACAGCUACAGUGAUGCCUUGAUCCGAGACAGGCCCAAGUACGGCCCACUUGUGUCACGGCUUAUCCCUUCCGUGAUUUACGGCAGUCAAAUCUGCUUUCGGCUACAGCUGUCUGCCACAGCGCCUCGAGAUUCCCUCGGUCCCCUUACACGCUCUCCACGCGCCAACAGCUUUUCCGUGUUUUAGGGCGACUUUAAUCCAACGCGUAGAAUGAAUCACAGGAGUCGUCCAUCCAACGGUGGAGAUCCGCUCACCUCGCUCUAUAAAUAGGUGCAUUCUGAGGGCGCAACUGUUCAUUCCAAAGGAACGAAAAUCUCUCCUGAGUUCCAGCCCCUCUCUCCCAACUCUUCAGCCUUUCUCUUCUCAAAUCCUUUCUUCAUCAAUUUCAAUCCUUCUCUUCUGAUCUUCUCUCCCAUCUAGUUGAUUCAAUCCCAUCUUUCCUCUGAACUUUCAGAUCUUCAAUCUUUUCCUCCAAAUCUUCAAUCCUUCUUUCUCAGAUCUUUUCUUCCAUUUGAAGAUUCGAUCUCAUCUUUCCUCUGAGAAUCUCAGAUCUCCAAUCACCAGUUCAACAACUCCAAUCCUUCUAACAAAAUCUCCCUCAAACACUAAACCAUGUAUUCCUCGAUUUCCACAUCCUCUCACCCCAUGACCCAAGAGCCACGAACUCUGCAACUAAUGGAGCUCCAAACCCCGCAACAAAUGGAACCACAACAACAGCAACCAACAGAGGAGGGAGGAAACACCCAAGCAGCUGGAAGUAGUGCCAACAUGGAUUUCUGGCGAAGCCGUACCAGGUGGAUUCCUACUCCAGAACAAAUAAGAAUCCUCAAGGAUCUUUACUACGUCAAGGGAUUUAAGUGCCCAACUACAGAGCAGAUUCACGAGAUCUGUCUCCAGCUGAACCAGUAUGGGCAUGUUGAGGGUAAGAACAUUUACUUUUGGUUCCAGAACGUCAGGGCUCGAGAGAAGCAGAUGAAUAGGUGUAAUCAGGCUGCUCCAGUGCCCAUGAGAACUAGUUCUCUUGGUACUGGUAGAUCCAUUGAUCUCAAUUUUGGGUCCACUGGUUCUACUGGUGCUGGUGGAUCCAUCGACAUCAAUUUUGGGCCAGCUGGUGGAUCCAUUGACAUCAAUUUUGGGUCCACUAGUUCUACUGAUGAUGGUAGAUCUAUUGAUCUCAACUUUGGUUCCACCUAUUCUACUGGAGGACAAACAUCCCUGCAACAACGAGGAGGAGAUCACCAGGAGGUUCAAACUCUUCCUCUGUUCCCCGUGCACGGCGAGGACGUCUUUGGUAACCUGAAGACUACUUCCGAGGAAGGUAGUGCACAUGAUUACUAUUUCGGUGGCUCAGGCGGUUACAACCGUGGAUCUCCAGUUUCUCUUGAGCUCAGCCUCAACCCAUCCGGAGCUGCUGACUAGGCUUAGUACAGCAUAGUCCUCGUUUUCCUUUUUUUUUUUUUUUUUUUUUUUUUUUUUCUUUUUUUUUUUUGUAAUAUAAACUCAAUAAGAUGGUGUGCAUGUUUUCUUUCCUGUUUGUUUAACCAACAA